UGAAUUGUUUUCUUCUAUAAAAUUGUGCUGAGUAAGGAAGAGCAUGGUACUAUUGAUUGUCACCUAAGUUGCAUAAUUUUUAUAGGGUUGCCACCACCCACCAGUACCAAAACCCCACCUCUAUCAAUCACAAGCUAUCCUGGACCAUACAAAGCUUUUCUUAGAAAUUUUCGAUCAUCCAUCAUUUCUUUUUAUUCUUCUUGUUACAAAUUAUCAAUUCACAUUCAUAGAUAUAGUAUACAUGGUUAUAUAUAAAAUAUAUUAUAUAUAGAGAGCUUAAAAUUAUUAAGAUAAGGAGACUGAAAGACAUGCUCACUUCUCAUCAGCUUCCAAGGUUUUGAGGGUGUUCGGGGUGAUGGGUUUGAGUACCAAGCAAGUUUCUAGUGAUGGGCUCGAUUGGAGCCAGGCCAGCUUGUUGCAAGGUCAGACUUUUCAGCUCCCAAAAUCACUUUCUGCCAUGAGGAGGCAACAACAGCAACAACCUGAGCCUUUGAAGUGCCCAAGGUGUGAAUCUACCAACACAAAGUUCUGCUACUACAACAACUACAACAAGCAACAGCCAAGGCACUUCUGCAGAGCUUGCAAGCGGCAUUGGACCAAAGGCGGCACUCUCCGGAACGUCCCUGUUGGCGGUGGCCGCAAAAACAAGCGCCUCAAGAAAUCAUCAAACAGUACUUCUGCCUCUGCUGCAGCCACAACAACCACCACCACAAACAGUGCGGCAAUUGAUCAAACAGAUCACCAAGAGCAGAAACCCAUGUCUCAAGUUUUCUAUCAGGCGCUGCCUCAACAGAAUUUGGAUAAUACUAUCAUCUUUUCGUCCUCAUCAUCACCGGGUUUAAGUGCCAGUACUCUGCCUUUCCUUCAUCAGAGUGGAAACUUGAGCUUUCCCUUCUCAAGCUCAAUUAGCACCACUUCAAGUUCCUUUGACACGAACUUGUCUUCCAUCUCAACAUCUUUGCAAUCCUCAAAUGUUUAUAACUACGCCACCGUGGCAGCCGAAGAUCAAUUCAAAGUCAUGGAGGAGCCAACCAUUACAAGCAUCAUGCCCAACAUUUCUCAGCCUAAUUGGAAAGUGCCCACUUCAAGCAACGCCAUGGAUGUGUAUUCAAACGACUGGAACUGGGAAGACAUUGAAACCCUUGUUUCUACUGAUCUCAAUCUGCCUUGGGACGGCUCUGAUAUAAAACCAUAAGAGGAAUUAGGUUUCUGUUUGAAUUGGGUGUGUUCACAGUUCAUAAGGCAGGGGAAACAGUCUCUUUCUUCUCUUAAUGUCAUUGUCAGUUUGUCACAGUUUCUACUUGACCAGGUGAUAAAUAAUUUCUGCUAGUUAUGAAAUUUAUGCAGAGAGAUGUAGACUGUUUGAAGCUGUCUUUUUUUUCUUUUUUUUAUUUAUUUAUAGGUUUUUCUUCUUAAGAAUUAAGAUGUCCAUUAAUUUGUAACUCUUUCCAGGGCUCUUUCAUUUCCAUUAACUUGAUGGAAGGUCCAUUUUUAUGUAUGUAAAAGUAGGUUUCCUGAGUU